AUGUAUGCAUUCAAUCCGUCGGGCCCAACUUAUGGCCAGUCAGCCACAGUUGACGCACCCGGGUCAAGGAUGAUCAGAGCAGCCAGCACUCUGUACUUCGCCUACGGGAGCAACUUGCACCUCGCUCAAAUGGCCCAUCGCUGUCCCGGAAGUGUCUUCAAAGGAAAGGCCAUUCUUGAUUCUUAUCGUUGGCAGAUCAACGAGCGCGGAGUGGCCAACGUCGUUGAGUCUGGAAGCGAUCACUCAGUCGAGGGUCUUCUUUACAUGAUCGGUCCCAAAGACGAAAGAACCCUGGAUCGCUCCGAAGGAGUGUCAAAGGGUUUCUACCAGAAGUAUCUGAUGAGAGUUUCUUUCGAGCCUCAUCAGCAAUACGCGAACUUCAAGACUGGUCGAUUAUCCCAUCUACUUGAGCAGCGCCGGGACUCGAUAAGCGGUGAUGGUGCUCAUUCUCCCAACAAUGCCAAUCGCAAAGUGAGAUUCAAUGCACCCCCUCAUAUUGGACCUGUGUCCUACAUGGACGGCGAGGAGACUUCAGGACGCCAUGCACGUACUGAGCAAGUCAAAGCAUUGGUGUAUGUUAGCGAGGACUACGUUACCGAUGGCUCCAUCAGAGAGGAGUACAUCGCGAGGAUGCAAAGCGCCGUCAAUGAUGCAGUAUCACUGGGGGUCUCGAAGUCAUUUGUGGACAAAUAUAUCGUCCCGUUUCUUGACUCUCAGCAAAUUUGGCACUUAUCCGAGAGAAACCUUGGAGAAACUCAGCACGAACAGCCUAGUAAGCUGCUGGAACUUGAAUCUGAGCCAAAGGUUCAGGCCAUCAUCAGCAAAGAGUCAGCUGAAGAGCAAGUUAACGACAAGCCCCCGACUGAGAGCAACAUGGUGGACGUCUCAGAUCCGCCGACUGAUGAAAAGUCGAGUGACGUGGAGAUUAAUGAAGAAACGAACCAAGAAGCGCUGCCGAGUGAGCCUGUGGUCAAGGAGGAUGACCUGUCUGGGCAUAUCGAUCUAUCGAAGCUCAGAACAGAGAACCGCGACGAAAAUGGUGGCUCCAGUGACAUGUUCCCCAUUGACUUGUUGGCAGCUGUUGACAAGGUCAACGAUUCCGUCAUCGAUGGUAGUGGGAAGAAUAUUUAUGUUGUCAUUGUCAUACAGAAGGGUACAGAGGCUAAUUCUGGCUUCAGCGUCGCCACAGCGUCUAAGGGGAUUCAAAUGGCUAACGAGCUUGCUAUGAAGGAGUUCAAAGAGUUAUGUGCGCUGAACACUAAGCCAGUGGUGGAAGAAGGUGAAGAGCCGGAUGUCGUGGUUGUCAAGGAGGGCUCUCCAGGUGAUCUGACCUGGAAGCUAGAAGAGGACGCAUAUCUUCAUCUCAGCAGUGCAAGACCUGGAGAGGAGCCUUGGUUGAUGGUAUGGGUGCAGUCAAAACAGCUGAUGGAAUGCCGUUAG